GAGGUGUGUGCAGGCAGGAGGAUGGAGUUGGGUGUCUGUUGCAAGGCAGGGCACAAAAGAGGCCCGCAUUGUGCUGCUGCACCUGCUCUUCCUAAGCUGCUGUUCUCUCUACUAUUUCCAGAUAGCGUGGUCUUUUUUGGAACCUUUGCAUCUGCACAGUACUCUCAACUUUGUCAUAUGGCAGCUGAAUAUAUGGAAUGUGUGCUGGUGGUGGCAGAAGGUGUGGGUGGCUUUUUUUCUUGCUCUCUUUUCCAAAAUAGCCAAAAUUACCAAUUGUUCUACACAGUCAGUUUCACAUAUGGGAGCUUUCAGUAGGACAGCCCCAACAGAGAAGCCCCUAGAAGGAGUUAGUCAUCUUAAAGCUGGGCCAUAACUCAGCCUUCAGCAAACAAGACACUGAGCAAAAUGUCCAAGAAGUCUGAUUUGUGUUACAUUAUUCAGAUCUCUUUUUUUUUUUUUUUUUUUUGAAAUUCAAUACUUGAAAUAGUUUGUGAAGGACUUGGAAUAAUCCUGUGAAGUGGUGUUUGGUUUGGCCAGGCCCCAGAGUGCAUACUUGAUUAUUUUUACUGCCAAAACAUUUGGGGAGCUGUCUCUAAAGUAGAUAAAAUUCUUCAAGGGUUUGAUCAAGGGUUUGGCGUGCUUUUACUAAACAAAUUAAAUUGGACUCCAGCAAGAGAUCCUGAGCUUCUUCUUUAAAGUGGAACUUAUGGCAGUCAGUCAUGAUCCAGUACUGACUUUUUAGUGUAAUGCUAGCAUGUUAAACAGAGAUUACAACUGAAAUUUGCCUGCAUUGCUCUCUAGCUUUAGCUUGUUUAUUAUUGGGAAAAGUUACCAAUGUAUGUAUUUUCAGUUGUUAUUAUUACAUUAGAAAAUCAUUGAGACUUUCUGUGAGAGGAGUAAUGACUUCUAGUUGUAAAUCAUAGAAUCAUGGAAUGACCUGGGUUGAAAAGGACCACAAUGAUCAUCGAGUUUCAACCCCCCUGCUAUGUGCAGCGUCACCAACCACCAGACCAGGCUGCCCAGAGCCACAUCCAGCCUGGCCUUGAAUGCCUCCAGGGAUGGGGCAUCCACAACCUCCUUGGGCAACCUGUUCCAGUGUGUCACCACCCUCUGGGUGAAAACCUUCCUCCUCAUAUCUAACCUAAGGCUCCUCUGUCUCAUUUUAAAAUCAUUCCCCCUUAUCCUAUCACUAUCCACCCUCGUAAACAGCUGUUCUCCCUCCUGUUUAUAUGCUCCCUUCAAGUACUGGAAGGCCACAAUGAGGUCUCCCUGCAGCCUUCUCUUCUCCAAGCUAAACAAGCCCAGUUUCUUCAACUUUCUUCACUGGGUUCCAUUUAUGGAUGAGCAUUUAUAAAGAAAUAAAUCAGAAGUUGGCUUAGGUUAAAAUUCUCCUAGCCAUUAAACAAACAUGGAAGGUUAACGAUAAGUGCUGCCUUCCCUAUGCCGACACUGCUUCCCUGUGUUGCAGUAGUGAGGCAGGAAGAAAGAUGAAUGCUGCUGCUGUAUUAGAGAGCUGCUCAAACAUGGGGAGCCUGCAGUGCUGAUCUCCAAACUGUGAUUUAGUUUUGAAAAUAUCACCGUACCGAAGAUGAGCAAGUGCUGAAAAUGUUUCUUCUGCUAUACACAGUGAGGUUUUUCAGAUUUCCUUGGGUACUGGGAAAUGGUUCUCCAGCACUUGUUCAACAGCCUUAGUUAAUAAUUUCCCCAAAGAAAUCUCGUUCAUAAGUACUUUUCCAGAUUCCUAAUGUGGCUUCAGUCUAAGCUUUAGGCAAAUAGUAAACUGACUUAAAACCUAUUGGGAACAUGCAGAAAUCAAUAAUGUUCUUUGUAUGAAUACCACAUAAUUAAGUACAUCUGGCUUGAGAAUGUAAACUAUAGCUAAACUGAAGUUUCAAAGAACAAGCUCUGGUUAGGUUUAAUAUCCAUUUAAAUCCCUCUUUAAAUCUCUUUUAAUUAAAUUUGAACCCAAGUAUUAUUCUCAUAACCUGAUAUUUUUCAGUCUCGUUUGAUUUUAAAUUUUAUCUAGAUCAGAUUGUAUUUUAUAUGUGAGUGGUGGUGUCACUGUUUGCAUGAUUUGGCAUCAAAAAAAAAGGGCAUAGUUUGAUUGUUACGUAUUAGUAGAACACUUUGAUCCUUGGCUUGGAACUGGAACACAGACCUUGCAAACAUAGACAUGUGUUUUCCCAUAUGUACGCGGCUUUUAUGUGAACAAAAACCUUCCUUUUUUAAGAUUAUAUCCCAUUUUUGGUUCCGACGGUGUCAUUACAAUACCUUUUUGAAAAGAAGAAAGUGCCAUAUUAGCCGUAAAACUUCAGUAGCCGUGUUUAAGUCAUACUGUAUUUAACACUAAUUCAACCACUUUGUUCUCAAGCUCUUUUUCACUACUGGCCAUGCAAUAUUAGAUUUUCUGGUUUUAAUUAAAAUAUUCCCUUUUAAUUAAAAUUGUUCCAGCAUUGUGUUUUGAUGCAUAAGUAUCUGGCAAUGCCUCUUUUCUUUGUCUUGCUUGAAAGCAGAUCAGAUGUAAGUAUGUCUUCGUACGGGUUGUGGUGAUGCUGUUAGUCUCUGCCUAGCUUAUUGAUUCUGCAGUAAUCUGAGGAAUCUAUGAUACUUCUCUGCACUGCAGAGCUCUCUUUGGCAUUCAUGGGGUGGUUAGUACUCUGCUGUCCUGUCAGGCUUUCACUGAAAGUUCAGCGAUGCAACUGUGUGUAUGGCAAAUAUGGAUGUUGUAAACUAUGCAGAGGUGUCUGAUGGGGCUCGAGUUUUAUUACAAAGGUCUUAUAAUAUUAGUCCAGAAGGUUGAACUUUAUCAUGGAAUCAUAGAAUGGCUUGAGUUGGAAGGGACCUCAAGGAUCAUGAAGCUCCAACUCCCUCACUGCAGGCAGAGCCACCACCCUCCCCAUUUAAUACUAGGCCAGGCUGCCCAGGGCCCCAUCCAACCUGGCCUUGAACACCUCCAGGAGCGGGGAAUCCAUAGCCUCUCUGGGCAGCCUGAGACCUUUGUAUACCCUCUUACCUCUCCUCUGUCCCUUUUCCUCUCUGGAGCAGAACAGCUGAGGUGAGGAGCUUCCGUAAGACAAGCUUUACUGCCUCUGUAUGUAAACCAGGAUCUGUGUUACAUGUUGCUUCCCAGCACAGUCUUUCUUCCUGCCCCAGCUUGAUGGAUCCAUGUUCAGUCUCCUUGUCACUGUACGGUGCUGCUUAUUCUGCCAGCAUGCUGACUAGACUGAAACAGGCCUGCAGACAUACAAUUUUCUCUGAGGUGAAGCCAUGGGCUUUGCCUGCUUUAACUGGAAGAUGCACCAGCAGUCAGGAUCAGGUUCAUCUGGCUCUAGAUUUGCUGUCCUUCGGACCUCAAGAAAUGAAGAGCAGGGUGGAGAAUGGAUGCUGAAGGAGAGGGCAAAGAAAUAAGCAAGGAGGAGGGCAAAGGAGUGAAGGGCAAGAAUACUGGAUACCAAGCAUCAUAAGGAUGAUGGCAAGGAGUUGUUUGGCAGUGCUCGGGGCUGGACUUUCUACCAUGUGGUUAGCAAAUUAUAGAAACAUACCCCAGCAUAUCGUCUGUGGGUCUUCCCAGUAGACGGGAGUAUUCUGAGUACCUCAACCAGGGGUACCAGCACUAUCACAUGAAGUGGUUCAAGUCUGUUGUGCCAAGGGGAACACGGGCUUAGGAGUAAGGAAUAAUGCAGUGAGCAUCAGACCAGAACCUGUAGUACCUACCCUCUUUAGAUCUGGCUUAUGGAUUCAAACUCCUAAUGCUUUGGUGUAUUUAUUCUGUCCAGGUUCCAGUGGACUGACUGAGUUUUCCUAAGAUGAAAACAGUAGCCUGGCAUGUGAUGUAUGCAUACAUUUUAUUUUAAAAGUUCUGUACUAUAGAAUCACAGAAUAGCUUGGGUUGAGAGGGACCUUAAUGACCAUCUAGUUUCACCCCCCUGCCAUGGAUGGGAUUGCCAAGCAGUAGAUUGUGCAGCUCAGGGACUUGAGCAUCUUCAGGGAUGGGGCAUCCACAGCUUCUCUGGGCAGCUGUGCCAGCAUCUCAGCACCAUCCAAAUAAAAUAGGGAACUGGGAUGUUAGAGCUGUGCUGUGUGUUGAAAGCAGUCCUUACAACGGCAAGCAAAACCUAAUCCCUGCCUGGAUUAUCUUGAUGUAUCUGUGUGAUGUCUGGUUAAAGCAGCAACACAUAGGUUCUUGUAACUUGUCCUAUCAGUUAUGGUAUUCUAUAAGUAGUGCUGUUAAAAUUGCAUUGCUAAUCAAAACUCUUUUCAGUGUAAAACAGCAUUAAGGCCCAAAUUAACAGAAUUGCAUAAGAGCUGGAGAUUGUUUUUGUUGCACUCUUGCCACACAGAGAGCAAAUAUUUCAUUCUAUUUUGCAAUAAUAAAGUAAGAAAACUGCAGAUGUUACUGCUCUACCUCCUGGUUAGGAAAUAAAUUUAAAGUAACUUCUUGGUUUGCUCAUUUGAAUGUCUGUGUGUAGCUGUGUAAGUGCAGAACUGAAAGCAGAGGAAGUUCGAUAUAGCAUAAGAAAACCAAAAUUUUAAUUUUUCGCUGUACCUUCACUCUCUCCACACUUUUCUUCUCCAUGUGCCACGGAUUGAUGAGGAAUGCUUUAGCUGCUGGAAACCACAUUCACAAAGCAAUUGUGCUGGUGGCCGGUGGAAUUGAGCUUCCUGGCACAGACUCAGUUAUGUGACCUCCUCUGUAGAAGGAGGAUGUAGAAAAGAAAACAAUCAGCAAUGCAAAUAAAGAUAUCAGUUUCUAACAAGUAACUGUUUCUAAUUUUUCCUUCACUUCUUAGCUCACUCUAAGUGUCCCAAACAGAAUGUACUAGAAGAUUAGCAGUUUCUAUCUGUUUGAAAUCUGUCUUGUAAUACAAUUCCAGUAUAAAUUAAAUCUCCUUAUUUAUUGUUUUUGCUCUCUUGAACUGCUAGUUAAGAAUCUCCCUGGAAAUCUGAAAUCCCAAACUGCUUUUAGCACUAGGAGAUUAGAAUUCUCUGUUAGCUGGAAGUAACACAUGAUUCUUCCAAACAAGUCCAAGGUCUUCAUGUACUGAACCUGGGGAAAACAAAUGUGUAAGAAACAUCUGCUUUAUGAGAUUGCAUUCUCAUGGGAUAAACAGUGCAGUUAUGUGCAGAAGGCAUUCUGCAAGAUUUCAAUUAAAAUAAUUACAUGCUGUUACGUUUAUAAUCCUGCUAAGAAUUCUUGUUCUUUAGAUUUUCUUUCAUGAUAAUUCUGCAAAAAAAAAAAACAAACUCACAACAUUUUGGAAUGGAAAGACUCUUGAAUUAUCAUCUAAAAGUUAGUAGUGCCAAGGGUAGUGCUUUCUUCCUUCUCGUAUUCCAGAAAUUAUUUGUCUAUUGUAUAGGUGUUUUGUUUUCUGUCAACCUAAAUGAAGUCUAAGGAAGGAUGUAGAGAAUAAUAUGAAUUCUGUAUUUCAGGGGGUGCUUAAUUUGGCAGCCAGUUUUUUCUCUGGUUAUUCUGUUCGUCUUGCAGCAGUCUGUCCCUGAUCUCUUCCUUGUGCCUUGAAAUGUGCGGCUCUUCUUGGAGAUGUGAAACGAGGGCAGCUGUCGAAGACUUUGUAUACACAGCUUUUUCUGGUUCACUAUUUAAUGAAACCAUUACACGACAGAAACACAUUUCUGCACAUAUUGGGAACAUGAGCCAUUGUUUGAAUGGCUUUCUACUGAUCAUAGGUACUCAGUACUUGGUGCAGGAUGGCUGUCUACUGGUGGAGCAGUAGAUAAUUACUUACAGGUUGAUUCCUUCACCGUGUAUGCUGUGAAUACUCAGGCAUCCACCAGUCUACAGGUGUUAAGGUUCCUGGUAGUCCUGUUUGGUAAAACCUUUCUUACAGAGGUAAGACACUCUAAUUGUUGCACAUUUAAUUUCGUAGCUUUAUUCUUUGCAAGAAGGUGAGAAUGAUUUGUUAAUAAGGUCUGUCUCAAUUUUUUUUAAAUGAAGGAGGGUGUUGGACAAUUUAUUUUUUGCUUGUAAUGGAACAGUGAAUAAUUCAAAAUGGCCCUCAAGUGUUUGUAAGAAAUUGUCCCUGUACAUGGUGCUGGUGCCAGGUGGCAGUCACAACAGGGACCAAGCAGCACGGACACGUGCAGAGUAUGAGCUGAGAAGCUCAGGAUUACCUUGACCACAAACCUAUGAGCAGAGCAGGCUGGCCCAUGCUGAAGGGACCUGCUAAAACCCAUCCAAGGUGUUGGAUGUCACCUGCCUCUUAUGCCAUUGCUUUACGUGUACUGGUGUUGAUUUGGCUUUGAUGGCAAAAAGACACAAGAGGAGAACUGUGGAGGGAGAGAAGAUGAUCACAAGAGCAGAUUCUUGCUGUGGAGCUUGCGUGAAGCCUGCAGCAGGAAGUCUAACAAGGGUAUCACUGCCCUUGGCAGUCUUUGUCCAUCAUGCAUGUCAGGGCGCAGGUGAUGCCAGCCUGCACUCCUACUGAUGUCCAUGUGCUCCCUCAUGCCAGGCGCUGCCACAUGCAACACUACACAGGUGGUAUCUGUGUGCAUUGGUUUCCAAGUGAUGUCUGUAUGUGGCAGCCACAGGUGAGAGUGUGCAUAUUGCGUGAGCGUCGUUCCUAUUCAUACAGGGCAGGGUGCCUGGAUAUUGCAGAAAUGUUUACACUGUUGCACUUCUGCUUUGGAAAUGCUGUUUGAGUAUUGGUGAAACCCAUUUAAAGUGAUGGAUGCAUCACAUAAUUCCUCAGUAUGCUUUGUAAAUGCUGCCCUACUUCAAGGCAGUAUCCAUUGUUCUUGUCCUGCAUGAAAGUCUAUGCUCCAUACCAAGAAUCCUGUCCCCUUGGAGAGUAGCAGGAGGUGAGAACCAUCACCCAGAAACCAUGUAUCACACACAGUGGCCACGGAUGUCUUCAAUUCAAAAAGCUUGGCCAUUCAGGCCCAGAAGAAGAUCCUUGGGAAAAUGGUAUCCAAGUCAAUAGCAACUACUUUGAUAGAUGAUACCAGCAGUGAUGUUUUAGAUGAGCUCUACAGAGUGACGAAGGAAUACACGCAAAACAAAAAAGAAGCAGAGAAGAUCAUUAAAAACCUCAUUAAAAUAGUCCUCAAAUUGGCAAUUCUCUACAGGAACAAUCAAUUUAAUCAAGAUGAAAUUGCACUGAUGGAGAAGUUCAAGAAGAAAGUUCAUCAGCUGGCGAAGACGGUGGUCAGUUUCCAUCAGGUGGAUUAUACCUUUGACAGGAAUUUCUUGUCCAAACUGUUGAAUGACUGUAGAGAGCUGCUUCAUCAGAUCAUUCAGCGUCACCUAACUGCGAAAUCGCAUGGACGUGUCAACAAUGUGUUUGAUCACUUCUCUGAUUGUGAAUUUUUGGCUGCCUUGUAUAAUCCCUUUGGACCUUAUAAACUUCAUUUGCAAAAACUUUGUGAUGGUGUCAACAGAAUGCUAGAUGAGGGGAACAUAUAGGCACCUGUGCUAAAGUUGACAGCCUGUGUGUUAUUUCUAGAUGGAACACUGUUGAUUUAUGAAGGAAUAAGGGAGCAUGAAAAUGGGGAUUUUCUUUUUUUAUAUUGUGACAAAUAUUUCAAAAUGAUCUUUAUUAAACUGAUUACUUCUUAUGAGCUAUCUAUUACUAUUUGCAGUCCAUCUGAAAGAAAGAUGGCGCAUUACCUUCUUUUACUGUGCUUUGCCCGUGGGAACAGCUGGAUAAAGAGAAUAGAAUAGAAAGGUCCAAGUAGAGUACAAGUCGUGCAAGGCAGAUACAGAAAACAAACUAACUUGCUGUCAGACAAUCCAAAUAUUUACAUAAAUAUUUAUAAACCAUCAGAGUCCAGUAAUGUUGGUAACAUGGUAUCAUGGUAUACUCUAUAAUUUCUUCAACUAAUUUGUAACAUUUAUAUCUGAUUCAUUUGUAUUCUUUCAUGCUGUCUGCACAGAUCACAGCUUCCUAGUUUGCCCUUGCAAAACAUUAGGUUUUGCUUAACACCACUGAUGCUGCCACAGCGUCUGAGCUGCUUUGUGUAUCUCCAGCUCAGUAAUGUCUGAAAGGCUAUCAGGUGAUCCUUGCAGAUGUACGCAGAUGCUUUGUUUCCUUUGAUUGUUUCAGGAACAAUAAGCUACAGUGAAUUAGCCUAAGUGGGGAAAAAGGACUCCCUAGACAAAACCUACAGUGUGUGCAUAUGAAAUUGUGAGGUAAAACACAGUGACUUACUUCUGCGAUUCCUUAAGUUUGUUAGAAUCCUGCUAAUAUGGCGUAAUUCUUUCAGCAAAGGUGCAGGUCAGCUUAUUUUACGCAUUGGGCUUAUGUACAUUCAGAAAGCUUAAUGAUCUGAGAAAUAAAUUCCAAGCCAGUUUGCUUUGUUUACGGUGUAUCUAGAAACAAAUCAUUUGGGGGUUAUAUGCUCUUGAACUACUGGAGGAGUGAUAUCUUGAAUCAAUUUCUAUUCUCAUUUCCCCACCUACCUUUCAUCCUUCCUCUUCCUCCCUCAUCUUCUCCCUCCCUUGCCCUUGGGGUAAAUAAAUGUGACUUUCUAGACACUGUAAUGUACUUAGAAGUAUGAAGUUAAUACAUUUCAAACACCUGAAGACUUUUGUUAGGAAGCAUAUAGAGAAUUUGCAGUUUAUUUAAUUGCCAGUUUUUUGCUGUUUGCUGUGUCUUUUUGUUUUAAUGAGUAAACCAAAGAAUAUUUGCACUCUGAA